AAUUAAUGACAGAAUUUUCAGUUUUGGGUGAACUAACCCUUUAAGGGCGAAGCUUAUAGGCUCAGUGUGGUUAGGGUUAGUGGUGGAGGCAGGUUAGACAUUCUUUGUCUUUGAUAUAAACAGUGGCACAUCAUUUAUGUUAGUUAUAAUAGUAUUUGACAUGCAACAUCCAUUCAGUGCACUCAAUUAUUCAGUGCACUUAACUAUCAAAAUUCCUCUCUUCAGCAAUGUAAAUUACAGUAUCUCACAGAAUCAUGGCAUCCUUCAGUGGUCCAGCACUCAAUGAGGAGCUCCAGUGCUCCAUCUGUCUGGAAGUGUUCACUGAUCCAGUCACCACUCCAUGUGGACACAACUUCUGCAGAACCUGCCUGAGCAAGUUCUGGACAAACACACAGACCUGCUUCUGUCCAUUCUGUAAAGAAACAUUCAGCAAAAGGCCUGAUCUCAAGAUUAAUACAACACUCAGAGAAGUUGCGCAACACUUUAAGGAGAAGCUCAAUCUAGGAGAAUCUGAGGGGUUCUGUGACAUCUGUGAUGAAAGAAAGCAAAAAGCUGUAAAGACCUGCCUGAUGUGUCAAAGCUCUUACUGUGACUCUCAUCUGGAGCCUCAUCGCAGGGUCCCACGUCUAAACAAACACACACUGAUCAACGCUGUGGAAAAUCUGGAGGAUUAUAUAUGCCAGAAACAUGAGAGACCUCUGGAGCUGUUCUGCAGAGAUGAUCAGACGUGUGUUUGUCUGUUCUGCACUGAAGGAGAACACAGGACUCACAACACUGUUCCUAUAGAGGAGGAGAGUCGAGAGAAGAAGAAUCAGCUGGUUCAGACACAGACAGACAUUCAUCAGAUGAUCCAGGACAGAAUGAAGAAGAUUCAAGAGAUCCAGCACUCAGUAAAACUUAGAAAAAGAAACACAGAGGAAGAGAAAUCAUCCAGUGUUGAGCUCUUCACUGACCUGAUCCACUCCUUUGAGAGAUGUAAGUCUGAGCUGCUGAAGAUGAUGGAGGAACAGCAGAAAGCAGCAGAGAAACAGGCUGAAGAUCUCAUUAACGAGCUGCAGCAGGAAAUCACUGAGCUGAGGAAGAAAAACACUGAGCUGGAGCAGCUCUCACACACUGACGAUCAUCUGCACCUCCUACAGAUGUACUUAUCCCUGUGCAGUCAUCCACACACAAAGAACUGGACUGAGAUCAGGAUUGACUCUGAUGUGAAUGUGAACUCACUGCAUAGAGCUCUGACACAACUGAAGAAAACUCAAGAGACACUAAAUGAAAAACUCAGUCAAAAUGGGUUGAAGUGGACUCAGAAGUAUGCAGUGGAUGUGACUCUGGAUCCUGAUACAGCGAAUCCAUAUCUCAUCCUGUCUGAUAAUGGAAAACAAGUCAGUCAUGGAGACACUGAGCAAGACGUCCCAGAAAACCCAAAGAGAUUUUAUGAGGGUCUUUGUGUUCUGACAAAGAAGGGAUUCAGUUCAGGGAGAUUUUACUAUGAGGUGCAGGUGAAGGGAAAGACUAAGUGGGGUUUAGGAGUGGCCAGAGAAUCCAUUGACAGGAAGGGGAGGAUCACAAUGAGUCCUGAGGGUGGAAUCUGGAUUCUGGGUCUGACUGAUGACAAUGAAUAUAUAGUUUGUGAUAAUCCAUCUGUCUCUUUCCCUCAGAGUGUGAGACCUGAGAAGAUGGGUGUGUUUGUAGAUUAUGAGGAGGGUCUGGUCUCUUUUUAUGACGUGGGCUCCAGCUUUCAUAUCUACUCUUUCACUGGUCAGAAUUUCACUGAGAAACUCUAUCCAUACUUUAACCCAGCCGAUAAUGAUGAAAGUAAAAACUCAAGUCCACUGGUCAUCUCACCAGUCAGUUAAAAUGAACAGAUAAACCUGGAAAGAUUAUGGACCAUGAAAUUCCUAAAUGAGAUGUUCAUUUACACAAACGGAAGCUCAUUUCUAUAAAUAUUGAAAAUUUGUGACUUGAUGUGCAGAUAUUGUAAAGGCACAAUAUGUAAAAAAAUUUUGGAUUAAAAUAUCCAAAAACCACUAGAACAGUGUUAUAUAUUUUGUUAACUGUGUACUUACAUUAUCCCAAAUGCUUCCAAGAAUGUUUAAAUCCAGAGAAAUAAGCAAUUUUAACCAGGACUCGGACCAUGUCCGUGCGUCGCCUAUCAAUGAAAUCAUACCUGCGUUACCCUCGGUUUCUGGUUUUAUUUUGUAGAAACCAUGGAAACAGCAAAGACGCUUUAAUAUAUUAUAUGUUUUAUUAGACAGGUGAGCAACUGUUUGGAUACAUUCAUCAACAGAAAACUAAUCAUGUUUUAUAGCUCAACACAGCAAGUCUUAUUGUUUGAAUCUCGUUUCCUUGAUUUACAAGUGUCUCAUAGUAGCCGCCGAGCGAACGCACAGAGUAGCAAUAUAACAACUUUCAACACAUGUAAUGACUGAGACAAAUCAGACACAAUUAUUUGUCACAUUUAACAAAUAAUCUUUAAAACUCACUCUGGGGUCUGCGGAACCCUCCCCCAACGAGCCAACUUGGGCAAGGGCCUCAGUUACCAUGGACACCAUCUGAUAAGACUUAGUUUAUUGCCUAAAACUAUGUAGCCACGUGGAAAAGCAGAGGCCAUAGAAAACCCAUAGUCCUCAAAACAGACUUUCCUGCAUUAAUUUAUAGAUUAACUGAUCUAUAAAUGAACAUGCAUCCCAGGACAUUGUGUUUAUGAUUAUGGCUGUUUUGUGUAGUGUAUUUUGUAUGGUAUUUUUGUUUUAUGCAUAUUGUAUGAUAAGAACCAAUGGUUAGCGUAAACUCACCUAAACCAAGUUUGGUGCCUAUGAGUUUGUAUUUUGAAGAUUUAAAUGCUUGUGUAUAUAUGUUGAUACCUGUGCAACAUAUCAGUAUUACAAGAGUCUUUAAUAGUUUCUUCUCCAUCUGUAACCAAUCCAGUUACAUCUGCAAACGAUCUGCUUAAGACAAAGGAUCGUAAACUUUGCUUUCGGAAGCUCGAGUAUGAUUGGCCCAUUGACCCAGAGGAGGAGAGGCCAGCACCAGAGGUUGAAAGCCAGCGCACAGUGCUCCUCUCUCUUUCUCUUGCCUGCUCUGACUGAAACUGCAUCUGCGGGGUGUUGCCUGCUCCUCAACAGCUUAAGCAUUUUGCAAGUAUCGUACAUUUGAACACUAAACAGCGAUGUAGUAUUAAUUUGUGAACGCCUUUGUUAGCAAAGGUGCUUUAUUACUGAGAAAACUGAUGGUCCUUCCAGCUUGUUUAAUUGACUCUUCUCAUUGCUUCAUUCCCGUUAUGAUAUGGUUCCAAUUCAUUUCCACUCUCUCAUUUCCUAUGUAUGCGUGAAUUGUAUGUUUGUGUUUGUUAGUUUAGUUAUGUGUUCGUGAUUUAAUUAAUAAAACUUGUGCACAAUA